CCUCCCCAUCCUGGGGCAAGGGCAGCGAACUGUUGCUGGCGGAGCAGCCCGACCUGAUGUCCUCCCUGGACAGCGGCAUCCAGAGCGUGACCAAGUCAGACGGCAGCUCCCCGCACGUGGACUUUCCCGACGAGGUCAGCACCAGCUACGGCAACGAGGACGAGGUGUCCUCCAGCUCCGACAAUGCCACCUCCAAGCCCACCCGUAGCCCGCUGCUGGGUGGCUCGCCCAAGCUGCCCCGUGGGGAGCACGCACUUCUCAACGGACAGAAGCCCCUGGCCCUUGGCCUUCUCAGUACAUCUACCUCGACCCCCGACAGCUAUGGGCUCAGCACCACGGCGGGCGCUCACCCUGGCACGCCAAGCAUGGAGCAGGUGCGGACCCCCACGAGCACCUCGGCCCAGGAUGAGAUCCAUCCCCUGGAGAUCCUGCAGGCACAGAUCCAGCUCCAGCGGCAGCAGUUCAGCAUCUCGGAAGACCAGCCCUUGGGGUUGAAGAGCAAGAAGGGGGAGUGUGCGGGGCAGAAUGGGGACAGUGACCUGGGCAGCUGCUGCUCGGAGGGUGUCAAGGGCACCAUGAGCACCAUCGACCUGGACUCCCUGAUGGCAGAGCACAACUCCACCUGGUACCUGCCUGGAGAGAAGGCCCUGAUGGAGGGGCAGGAGGAGGACAAGCCCAUGGCGCCCUGGGAGAAGCCCAAGCCCCCGAACCCCAGCAAAGAAGCCCACGACCUUCCCCCGAGCAAGACGGCGGCGGCGGCGGCGCAGACGGGCGCGCACCUGCAGUGCCUCUCGGUGCACUGCACGGACGACGUGGGCGAGGCCAAGGGCCGGACUGCGGUGCCGACGUGGAGGUCCCUGCACUCGGACAUCUCCAACAGAUUCGGGACUUUUGUGGCUGCCCUGACUUGAACAAAAGGAAUUAUUAUUUUUUUUUCUUUUUUUUUUUUUUUUUUAAUUUCAAAGGGCCGCUACUGCUAGGUGGACUAUUUUUCUAGGUUGGUACCUGCUUAGUGGCAUAUGGACUGGAAAGGGUUAAUUUAAAGUAAACCUCAACUUUUUUUUAAUCUUCUGCCACAGUAUGUUACCAGUGUUAACCCUUCUGCAGUUAGCACACUUUUGCUUAAGAUUUUCCUGCUAGACCACUUUUUCCCAUUAUUCUGUAACCUUGGCAUACAUUUAUAGAUGAGGCCUUUUCCUUUUUCAUCUCAGUGUGUGUCCAAGUCACGUAUGUCAUAAUAAGACAAAGAUUCUCCUCUUCCUCCUCCUCCUCCUUUUCUUCCUCAUUUGCUUUGGUUUUUUUUUUUUUUUUUUUUUGUUUUGUUUUGUUUUGCUUUGUUCAGUGCUUACUAGGAUGGUGAUCCUGAGGAGCAGCAGUUCAGGAAUAAACACCAGUGAAAGCGAAAUGGUCAGCAUUAAAUCAUAUGUUACAGUGACACCCAGCCUUUGCCAGUCUCAUACCAACCAAGCAGUUGAUGCUCUGUUGAAUGUUCAGGCAUGGACCUGCCCUUUCCUGAGAGAAUGAGGCUCUGAUAUCAGCCCUGUUUUGCUCUGUGCCUCCUGGUGAGGCCACAAUGUUCCUUCCUGUGUGUACCCUGGGAUGGAGCUCUGUCAUGAAUGGGCUGGUUCAGGCACAGGGAAGGUAUGGAGAGGUUUUUCUAAAUAAGUUUUAUAGUCAUUAUCUCUUCCUCCAAAGGCCCAGGCUCCUUCUUGCUUGCCUGGGCCUGAUGGUGCUCCUGCAUUUCCCACUUUAUUGAUAAUGGAGAAGAAAAUCCCCUGCACCCUGCCUACUUUUUGCCCAUUUUAAAGUGCAGAAAGAUGCUGUUGAUUGGCAACAGGUCCAGUGUCCCCUGCACUUGCCUGGGGGUGCCCCAGCCCCUGUCACAACAGGUCUCAGUGCCGUGGUAGACGUUAGGGAUGGCCCAGAUUGGAAGAUGCACAGGGCUGUGUGCCCAGGGGUGGCAUUUCCUAAUCUGCCAGGGCAGGGAGACCUGGUGUCAGAAUCCCCCAAACUCAUUCAAGGCCCCAUUUCUGUCACACACUGAAGAACAGCAUUGCUGGAUGCACACAAUAAAAGGAAAGCCAUACUUUCCUGCUUGGGCUAGAUAAUGCUCAUUCAAAAUGAAAGUUGGAAGCAAACCAGAUAAAGCCACAGCUGACACGAUGGGCUGAUUCUCCAGUGGUUUUAUGUCACACUGUCCAUGAUUUGUGUGUCCCUGUGCCCAGGAGUGGCUCUGUCCUGCCCCGUGCCUGCAGCUCGCCUCCCACAGCUCCUGGAGCUCAGGAACACCACUAGAGGGUUUGUUUUGGUUGUGAAAUAAAGGUUGGCCUCUCUAGGGUUAUUUAUUCAUGAUUUCACAAAUGUGUCCCUGCUGAAGGGACAGAGUUGAAGACUGCUUUAUAUGUUAUCUUUGAUGAUUGUGCUGGGUCUUUAAUUAUUUUGAGGUAAUAUUCUUGGUAGACACCAACGGAGAGGAAAUUCUGCCUAAAAAGCUAAAGGUGGUCUGGAAUUCUCACUCUCAGUCAUAUGUGGCUUCAGAGAGACUCACAGUGUUUGGAAAUGUGAUUUGAAUGUGCUCUUAUUAACCAUGCAUGGAUUGAUUUAUGGGUCUGGUCAAUGAAUUGACUUUGGAUAAAUUUGGAUAGUUUUUAAUCUUGGUUUUCAAUAUUAUUUUACUUUGUAUUAAAGCUGGAGCUUCCAUGAGGAUGAGGAUUUUUGCCCAUCCUGAAGCAACUGGCUGUGAAGCUGCCUCACAGCCACUUGGUUUGGAUCAAAAAGCUGGGAUGGUUUGUACCUCUGUCAGGGUGUGCAACCAGGAGUGCAGGCUCCUCCUGCACCUGCAAUAAAAUGUCACCAUCCCCACUAAAGUAUCUCCUAGCAAUCACUGUCAGUCCCCUUACAGAAGGUGCCUCUUUGCCUGUGAUUCCUCAAGUCCUGGCUUACCUAAGUAUGUGUUUGAUUUUAAAUCCUGUCAGCAGAGCACGUGUGCUGCUGUGGGGGGCCCUGGGGUAGCAGCAGUCACUGAGUUCCAUCACUCACAGCUGAAAAUUUCAGCCAAGUUCAUUGUCUGGUGGCAUUCCUGCUCGGAGUGCAGUCCCUUGCCUUGUGCUUUGUUUUUAGUUUUUCCUGCUGCACUGAAGAGAACAGGUUUUUCAGGCUUCCUGAGGUCAGGGAUGCACACCCUGUGCCACGGGAAGGAACCUGUCAGGGAACACCGAGUUCAGAUGCUUUUAAAGAGAAAUCCCUGUUUGAGUGGAGCUGUGGUGGCUUGGUCUCAGCACCCAGUUCUGCUGGCUCAUUCUCAGCAGCUUGCACUUCUCUCCUGGAGUGUUGUUCUCAUCCACUUGGAACUUGCUUUUUCACUUGCUUAUGGAAAUGCAGAGCGUAAGCAAUUCCUUUAAAAUCAGUGGAAUCCUGUGAGGUGCGGAGGUGUCCUGAGGCCAGGGGCUGUGUCUCCAGUGCUGAGCUGUGCAGGGUGGAGCCCUGGGUGUUGUGGCACUUGGCCACCCCUGGCUCUGCCCUGGGCAGUGGGUGCAGUGCAGGGUUGGGACUGUCAGAGUGGGAGGAGGUGAGGCAGUGGCUGGCUGUGUGCUGGAGUUUACCUGAAUCAAACAGUCACACACAGUCCUCCUGCUGACCUUCUGUCUGAUCUUGAUUGAAGAAGCUCUGCUUGAGGCAGCUGUUAGCCAGAACCAACCAAACCUGUGCUUUUAGGGUUUUGUUGCUUUUUUGCCAAAGAUCAGAACAGAAAUUCUGUGUUCUGACCAGGACAAGCAUCAUGUCCUGCUCAUCACCUGGGGAUGUGGUACUGACAGCAUAUACAAGGUUCAAGCAUAUACCAGGUUCAAGCUUUCUCACAGUGCUGGUGGCACCUGCAGUAAUUUCAUUGUACCCAUUUUCUCCAUUGAUUUUACACUGAAUGCACUGAUCAGUUUUUUUAACACAUAUAAAGUGUCAGCAUGGCCUGACACAUUAUUUUCUAAAUAAUGAUAUUCCAACUGAAAUAUGUUUGGGAGCUGUAGGUAAAAGCCAGUUGUGGAAGAGGUAAGUUGCACUCUUGUGGAGAGGGAAACUGAGGCACAGACAGCAGCAAGAGACUGAGGGAACAGUGGCAGGGCUGAGCUGCACUGACGUCUGACCUCUGCUUGCUGCAGAGCCCCAUGCCCGAGGCUCACCUCCUUCGGAGCCAAGUUGGGUCAACAGGGGGAGAAUUUUAUCAGAUACAUGUUCCCCAAAUGCCUGGGAGAAACCUCCCCUGUGUGUCCUACAUGGCUUCCAGAUGGGGACAGUUGGACACAAAGGCAAAGAGAGGUGGCAGGAUGCACAAUCUGCCUUAGGUUGGGAACAGCAGCUACAGUGUGGCUUUGCCUUUUGCCCUGGGGAUUCUCCCUGGCUGGCUGGGCUGGGGGAGCCAGGACAUUCCCCAUCUCCUGGCCCUGUGCCCUGGCUCCCUCUGUGUUCCCUAAAAAACCCUGUGCUUGGUCUGCAGUUUACAGUGUUGUAGCAAACCAAGCAAAAUUUCCUUUGCAUUUCAAUUGGGAGGAGCGAUCAAAUACCUCUUUGCCAAAAAAGGACAGAAUAGGCCUCAUUUAUUAAAUACUCCUGCAGAUUUUCUCCAGAUCACAUUCUCUUGGGGUUACUUGCUCUCUGCUGUUUGAGCAUCAGUAAAGGGGCUUUAGGCUUGUUGCUUACUUAAGGUUUUCACAGUGUCUGAGGGUGGAAGGGGAUGAGCACCAGAAUUCUGUCACCUGGAUCACCUGGGGAGGUGUGCAGGUCCUGUGGUCCCCAUGGCACUCUGGGGCUGGACUUCCAGGCACCACCACCAAGGCAAAAAGUUCCAGUUUUGGGAGGUGGAAAGGAUGAGGUGAGCAGCAGUGGGAUGGGCACUGGGUGGGUGGGUUGGACAACAGAAAUCAAACUGGUACAUUUGACUUAUUUUUGUUAAGCUGCAGUGUAAGGUUUUGUCAGCUACUGGAUUCACAGCUGUUCAAGGGAUGGUGUGUAAGAGCAUAACCCAUUUUUUGUAGAAUUGUUUCUUCUUUAAUGCUUAAGGCUAAUGGAGGAAAUAGUCUAAUUUUGUCUUAGAAAUUCUCUAUUAAAAUUGUUGCUUUGAGUCCAUCCGCUCAUAGGUUCUGACUGAUGAAACUGCAGGUUCUGAUUUCCAGCAGUUAUAACUUUAUCACUAUUCACUACCCAAGAAUAUUACAGCUUUAAAACAGCCUUAAGCAAAAGGAUAUUAUUUCUUUGUACUAAAUUUGGUUCAUGGAAAAGAAAAAAAAAGAAACCUCAAAACACUGGUAAUCCGUACUGCAUUAGCAAACUCUUCUGAAAAAUGUUAUUGCACAUGUAAAAUAUGAAAACUUGACUCUGCUGUGUGUUAGGCAAUCCUGUAAUCUUUUUUUUUUUUUUUUUUUUUUUUUUUUUUUUUUUUUAAUUCUUGUUAAAUUCAUUUCCUAAAUGCUUGGUUGGAAGACUGUGACGAUAGCUCAUGAAAUUGAGUGUUAUUUUUCUUUCUUUUUUUUUUUAAAUAUGUAAAGUGCAGUCUUCUGUAUUCCUGCAUAUUGUACAUAUCUGUAUAUGUUUUACUGAGCAACUAAAUAACAAUAAAUAUGAUGUUAAUGGUGGCUACUCUAUA